UGUCCCUGGGACACAGCAGAUCACGAUCAGUGGACAGAGCUGAAGACGUCAGCUCUGUCAUGUGAUCAGCUGUGGCACUGGCGAUCACUGUGCCCUGAUGAUCAGUGUAGCCCCAGCAGUGCCACCUGUCAGUGUCCAUUAAUGCCACCUCCCAGUGCCACAUAUCAGUGCCCAUCUGAGCUGUCUUUCAGUGCCGCCUACUAGUGCGCAUAAGUGCCAUAUAUCAGUGCUGCCUUUCAGUGCCCAUCAGUGAUGCCUGUCAAUGCCCAUCAGUGCCUCAUCAGUCCAGCCUAUCAGUGCCCAUCACUGCAGCCUCAUCACUGAAGGAGAAAAAUCACUUAUUUACAAAAUUUUAUAA